GAAACCAGACCGACGUCUCCUGAGCCUCCGAGGGCGGGGCGGACGGGAGCGGCCGCGGCCUCCCGGGCCCAGGCCUCCGCGGAGUUGGUCUUUCGGUUGUGGGUCAGCGCGGCCGAGGGCCUGCGGUCGGGCGCAGACGCAGGAGCAAUGGCGACCUUUGUGAGCGAGCUGGAGGCGGCCAAGAAGAACUUGAGCGAGGCGCUGGGGGACAACGUGAAGCAGUACUGGGCUAACUUAAAGUUGUGGUUCAAGCAGAAGAUCAGCAAAGAAGAGUUUGACCUUGAAGCUCAUAGACUUCUCACGCAGGAUAAUGUCCAUUCUCACAACGAUUUCCUCCUGGCUAUUCUCACGCGUUGUCAGAUUUUGGUGUCUACACCAGAGGGUGCUGGAUCUUUGCCCUGGACAGGGGGUUCUGCAGCCAAACCUGGAAAACCCAAGGGAAAGAAAAAGCUUUCUUCUGUUCGUCAAAAAUUUGAUCAUAGAUUCCAGCCUCAAAAUCCCCUCUCGGGAGCCCAGCAGUUUGUGGCAAAGGAUCCCCAAGAUGAUGAUGACUUGAAGCUUUGUUCGCACACGAUGAUGCUGCCCACGCGGGGCCAGCUGGAAGGGAGGAUGAUCGUGACUGCGUACGAGCACGGGCUGGACAACGUCACCGACGAGGCCGUCUCAGCUGUGGUCUACGCCGUGGAGAAUCACCUUAAAGAUAUAUUGACAUCAGUUGUGUCAAGAAGAAAAGCGUAUCGGUUACGUGAUGGUCAUUUUAAAUAUGCCUUUGGUAGUAAUGUGACCCCACAGCCAUACCUGAAGAAUAGUGUAGUAGCUUACAACAACUUAAUAGAAAGCCCUCCAUCCUUUUCUGCUCCUUGCGCUGGUCACCCGCCCCCCGAGGACACUGAGCAGCAGGCUGCGCUCCUGCUGGCCUGCUCCGGGGACACACUGCCCGCACCUUUGCCCCCAGUGAGCAUGUACGACCUCUUCGAAGCUCUGCAGGUGCACAGGGAAGUCAUUCCUGCACACACUGUGUACGCUCUCAACGUCGACAGGGUCCUCAUGAAGCUCUGGCAUCCAGGUCACGAGGAGCUGCAGCAGGACAAAGCCCACCGCCAGCGCCUGGCAGCCAAGGAGGGGCUUCUGCUCUGCUGAACUGAGGUGGGAGGGCGUGGGUCCCUCAGCAAAUUCAUCAGUUGUUGAGAAUUGAGCGUUUUUUGGGUCCACAUUUCACGACUGAAGUGUCUAGUGUAAAUAUAGCCUUUCCUAUGGAAAUGUGACAUUGAGAAUGUUUUGUGUUGCUGCUGUGAAGCCAUUAGCAUAAACCUGACACUGACAGUGACCCAAAUGCUGUAUGUGUGCAUCUGUGUUCCAGGGGCGGGAUAAGCACCGGGAAAGCCCCGUGUCUGCAGUGGAGAUGGUUAGGCAUCCGAGGCUUAGGGUCCUCGGGUCUGCGUGGAAGGCAGGUGACCUCCCAGAACAAAGAAGCUGUUAGAACAGCCCCGGGGUCAGCAGGACAUCGGUGCUCAGUUGCAGCGUAUAUUCUGUAACUGGCAAGUCUGAAAUUUCUGCCUUUCUCUUCAAGAACUGUGUUCUUACAUUUUAGUUGAAAUAACCUACACAGUGUUAAAAUUCAGAUACCUCUUUUAGUGACCAGUUUAAUUUUAAAAAAAGAUAUAGGUAGCUCCCUAAAUUUAGGUUCAUUACAAACUCCAUAGAAAAUAUGACUUAGAAAAGCUGUGCUGUUAGACAAAAUAAAGUUCCUUCUUUGCAUUAAAAACGUAAAACAAAUAGAACUCUUGGAAUAUCAUUAAUUAACCUUACAAAAUGUCUUCUCAUAAUUUUCUUUUAUAGUUAAUAGGCCCAAAGACUGAUUGGCAGUUUCAUCUAUUAACUUUUCCUAUUGAAUAUGUCUUAAAUCCAUAUAAACAUAAUUAAGUCCAUGUAAUGGAUUUAUACUUGGUAAUACCCCUAUUCCUAUGAAAUACCUGUUUCUAUCCUUUAAAUGAUAAAGUGAAAAUAAUUUAA